AUGGAAUUCUCAAACGACGGGAACUCCAUCUUUCACCGCUUCCAGGCCGCCUUCGUCCACGACGGACAAGGGCAGCUCCUGUACUGCAGCGGGCCGCAAAAGGGCACGGUACACGAGCACUGGGACUCAAUCAGCCGGUGUCUUCCCAGCCAAGUCCGGACGGCAAUGGGCGAGAGACAACAGGUCGGGUCCGUGGACCUGGACGGAGCCCUCCGGGGCUCGAGGCUCUACGAGAGACAGCGAUUCGGCGCCUGUCCCACGGGCAUUAUCCUCAACGCCGCGGCUCAGAACAGCAACGCCCUCAGCGUACAAUUCGAGGAGUUCUUUGCCGAACUACUCCUCGACCAAGCAGACUUUGCCAUCCGCGGCCCCGAGCUAAUGGCAUCGCCGUCCAGCGAAUCCCUGGCCGCUACCGAACAGAUCGUCAACCUGUUUGACAGCUUCCUCAGGUACCAGGGGAAGGACGACCAGUGGGAGGCCAGCGGCAGAGUCUACUUCACAGACCGCGUCCGUCACUUCACCUCGCAAAACGCCAGGAUCGAUUUUUGCUUGCCAGCGUUCCCCUGCAAAUCGUCCAACACCAACAAGGUCCUCGGCAAAGCCCCUGAUCGCGGAGAACAGCUUGCUCUCGAGCGCCUGCACGGUUUCGUGGAGGCUAUCGAGAAGAUCUAUCCGCCGGGUGCCAAGAUGUGGAUCAUCAGUGACGGCCACGUCUUCAGUGAUUGCAUCGGAGUCGAUGAUGCCGAUGUCGACACAUACGGCGAGCAGCUGAAGGAGAUGAACCGUGCCGUCGGCGUCAGCAGAGGAAACACCGACCGCGUCGGCUUUCGAUCGCUCGUCGACCUCUUUGAGCUGAACGAGGCAAAGUCGCAGCACAAACUCUCCGAGCUCCAGAGCCGGCUCGACAUCCCCAACAUUGACCACCACGUCGAGACCAGGUUGACGGUCGAGGCCGAGCUCUGCAGACAGAUCCUCAUGGCCGGCUGUCAGCCCCAGGAGUCGGCGGUGCGUGCCCAGAUCAAGUCGCAGAACGCGGCGAUCCUGGCUUUGUACCGCGGCUUCUCGCGGUUCAUGCUCGAGGACCUCGAGCUGCACCCCUUUACACAGAAAAUGACCCGCAGCCAGAGGAAGAAAUUGUCAACCAAGGUGGCUUUCGAGAUGAUUAUGAGGAACCAAUCAUAUUCCAAUCUUGUCGAAUUGCUCCUCCCCAACUACGUCCGCCUUUCUAUUCAUGCCCACAACAACGCCGGACCCAAGUUCGGCAUUCAACUCUUCGACCCCGCCGUCGUCCGCGCCGUCGAGGGCCUCUCGCCCGACGGCACGCCGAUGACCUCCCGAGACCUGCUCCACAUUCCCACGCCGUGGCACAACUGCCUCGUCGAGGUCCAAGGCAGCCCUUACCUCCUUGUGACCAAGGCCAGCGUGCCACGGGAGGCGGUUUCGUUGGGCGCCGUGACAGUAGAGAUUUCAACCAAGAACGCACCCUGCUUUGUUCUACGGCCAAAAAAGGGCGGCGUUGCCACCGUCGACAACAGAGAGGAAAAGAAGAAGUCAGCCCCACUGUUGGUCAUUGAGGAGAAGCCCACGCCGGCUUUGAUACAGAGCCCCGUUCAGAGGCCGAAGGCGCCCAAGAGCCAGGGACGGUUCGACUGGGCUCGGAGGCUGGCCGCCUUCCCUGUCUUAUGCUGGCUGGGGGUGGUGUUCUACCACCGGGUUGUUGAGGCAUUUGUUUGA